AUGACCUACGGAAAACCAGUGGAUGAGGUACUAGCGGAGGAAAUCCUGACAGAGGAAAUUUUGACGGAGGAGGUCCUAGCGGAGGAGACGUUAACAGAGGAGAUUCUAACGGUGGAUGGCGUGUUACAGAAGUACGUGGGCGAGCUAGGCCCUUGUCAGAUCCGCCAUGCCGUGGUGGUGGCAUGUGCGUGGUCCCUGGAGGCGCUGUUCACCUUCGUCAUCAUCUUCACAGAGCGCAUGCCAGCAUGGCACUGCACAGCGCCCUCCUGCUUCGGGAAGACUCUCUGCCAGGUGGACGUCGAGCAGCAGCGUGCCACGUGGCACCCGCAGGCCGGCCAACAGGAGAACGCCACGUGGCAAUGGUCAGAGCCAGCGAGCGUAUCAGUGGUGUCGGAGUGGGGUCUCAUCUGUGGGCAACAGGCGGUGCUAGCGUGGAUCGACUCGGGCUACUUCAUGGGUUAUUGCGCCGGUUCCUGCUUCUUCGCAUUCCUCUCCGACGGCCCUCUGGGUCGCAAGCGCACGCUGCUCCUCGCAUCCCUCCUCGCCUCCCUCCUCACAGCUCUCACCGCCUUCACCCCCUCCCCUCGCUCCUACGCUCUCCUCCGCCUGCUCACGGGCAUAGCCACAUCUGGCCUGGGCAACACGUGCUACGUCCUAGCAGCAGAGCUCAUCGGGCCAAGCUACAGAGGGCCCGCGUCCAUGCUCGUGAACCUCGCGUAUCCCCUGGGUCAGAUGCUGCUGCCUGUGCUCGCCGCGCUUGCCACUGCGGUGAGCCUGGAUGAGGCCGAAGCAGUGCGGCAGGGGCAAAAGGAGGCGCUGCUAGGGGGUGUGACCGUGGGACCUGUGGUUGCUGCUGGGUCAGCGCCUGUGCUGCACGCACCACCGGCAGGGUGGGAUGUGGGCGGUGCACCACAGGCAUCUCUUGCCCCAUCUUGGCGUCGCCUGUAUUUGUUUUCCGGGGUGGGAGUUGGCGGCAUAUACUGUGUGCUCCUCCUCCUCCCGCCGCUGCUGCUCACUGUCCGCCCAACCGUCUCCCAUCACAUGGCACAUUUUGUGGGCUUUCUGGCCGGAAAAGCUGGGUACCCGGCUUCUGGUGCGGGCAUUGCAGGUGGGGAUAUUGCGGGUGUGAAAAGUCAAGGAAGUAAUCGUCUUAUAGUGCCCCGGACAGAGGAGGAGCAGGGCACGAGCAGUGCAGGAGUGAUCAUGCAAGCAGCACAGGAAGUGCCCCAUGGAGAGGGGAGGAGAGAGGGGUGCACAGCAAAGGCGGAGGAAGAGGCACCAGUGGCACGGACGGGGGUGGAAGGAGGGGAGAGCAGGGCAGUGAUGCACGCAGCUCACGUAGUUGUGAGGCGUCACAGGGCACAGGGGGCGGCUUGGAAAGAGCUUGUGUCGGUGACAUGGGUGUGUGAGUCACCUAGAUGGCUGCUGGAGAGGGGAGGAGACGGGGGAGCACUGCAGGUGUUGCAGGACUUGGCGAAGGGGAACGGCAGGGUGAUUCCUGCGGGAGUGGUGCUGGUUCCUGAUUUUCGGGCAGCUGCAAACUGUACUGGUUGCCGGGCAAUUGAGAGUUCUGCUAGUGAGGUGGUGGCAAGUCAGCAGCUUCAAGAAGCAUUGGAGAGUAUAAACGGAGGAGGAGGAGGAGGAGGAGGAGGAGGAGGAGGAGGAGGAGGAGGAGGAGGAGGAGGAGGAGGAGGAGGAGGAGGAGGAGGAGGAGGAGGAGGAGGAGGAGGAGGAGUAGGAGGAGGAGGAGGAGGAACAGGUGCAGGUACAAGUGGGGGAGGGAUUGCUUGUGAAGGUGCAAUCGCAGCAACACAGGCGGUGCAGCAGGUAGCACAGGCGGAGGAGGUGCAGGCAAGGUUGGGGGCUUGCAGGAGCUGCUAUCGUCCCGUGCUCACGUGCACCGGUUGUGCCUGA